AUGGCUUCAAGAAAACCAUCCGUGAGACACCCUAGCCACAGCCAUCCACUGCGAGGUCACAAAGCCCUAGCUGAAGAAGAGAUCAUAUGUUCAGGCUGUGACCUACACCUGAUAGGUGCAGCUUUCAAAUGCACAAAGUCGGAAUGUGAGUACUUGUUGCACAAGUCAUGUUUUGAACUUCCACGUGAGACUCGUCACAAGGCCCACCCUGAUCACCCUUUGACCCUGUUUUAUUCCCCACCGUACGAGUCCUCAACUUAUGAGUGCAGCGCGUGUAGUGAGUUGUAG